AUGACUCUUAGACAACGUCGAAAACCUAUUAUACCUGUUGAAAUAGUUCGUGAUUUAGAUGCAUUUGUUAAAGUUGAGAACGAUUUUAAACAACCUACAACAACAGGAGGAACAAUUUCGAUUAUUACUUUUAUUGUUGUAAUUUGCUUAAGUGUUAUACAUAUUGCUACAUUUCAAAGUAAUACACUUAGAUAUGAUUAUGAUGUCGAUUGGGAUCAUGAUAGUAAACUUAAAAUUAAUAUUGAUAUAACUAUAGCCAUGAGUUGUUCAUUAAUUGGUUCAGAUGUACUUGAUGUUACAAAUACAAAUCCAUUGGAAAGUGGAAAAUUAGAAGAAGAAGAAACAUGGUUUGAAUUAUCUCCUCGACAACAAAAAGCUUUUAAUCGUCUACAAACAGGUUAUAAAUUAAUACGACAACAAUAUCAUGCUAUUCAUGAUUUACUUUGGUUAAGUGGUCAUACUAUUGAACAAUUACCUGAAAGAGAAAUAAAAUUAGAGCGAAAACCGGAUGCAUGUCGACUUCAUGGUACAUUAGAAGUUAAUAAACUUGCAGGCAAUUUUCAUAUUAUUCUUGGAAAAUCAUUUUCAUUUUUUGGUGCACAUGCGCAUAUAAGUCCAAUGGGUGUACAGGCUUUGAAUUUUUCUCAUCGUAUUGAUCAUCUUUCAUUUGGUUUGCCAACACCUGGUCUUAUUCAACCAUUAAAUGGUGAUUUAAAAAUAGCAAAUACUGGUUCACAAAUAUAUCAAUAUUUUCUCGAAGUUGUACCAACUGAUGUUCAAACAAGUUAUUCAAAUGUUGAAACAUAUCAAUAUGCAGUGACAGAAAAGACAAGAACUAUCGAUCAUAAUAGUGGUAGUCAUGGUAUACCAGGCAUAUUUAUUCGAUAUGAAAUAAGUCCUUUAAAAAUAACUGUUAAAGAAAUUCUUCGAUCAUAUUGGUUAUUAUUAAUUGAAAUUGGUAGUAUUUUUGGUGGUGUCUUUGCUACAUCAGGAAUGAUUCAUAGUUUAAUUAGUAUAGUUUAUGAUACAUUAUCUAAACAAUGUUCGAAUAUUCAAUUAAGAAAUGAUAUUAAAAAAAGAUUAAUCAAUGAAGACCAAACAUCAACAGUUGCUAUUGGUAUAACACCUGAAUCAUCAUCCGUGAUGUGA